CUGUAAAGCAGAACAACAUUUAGUAUAAAUUUGACACCACUUGGUCCACUUGACAUCAAUCUUACAACAAAUGUGACACAUUCACUUUUCUAUUUCCCCAGUAAAAAACUUCAUAAUGGAAGCACGAUUAUUUUAUUUUCUCGUUUGCUACGCUACGACCACGGUUUUUGUCACGUGUCUGGAUACCGGCGUGCCACAGUAUCUACUCGAAUAUGUUGGGGUCCAAACUAACGAGAAAUGCUUGCCUGGUAACCAUUCUCUAAAACUCAACUCAACAAUUGACGAAGAACAAGAACUGAUUCUACCAGGAGACCAGGAAUCUCUCUUUUUCAAUGUGAUGGGAUUGUGGAGGAUAUCCCAGCACAUGGGUUGGUAUUUUGACACUAUUCUGGGUGGAGUUGGCGACAAAUGUGAACAAUUGCGUUGGCCUAUGAAUGAUGAACGAAUGACCGCUAUCCGAUUCGGGGAUCCACUCCAGGUCCGGAAAGAAAUUCAUCUUUAUGACUACUAUAAGUUUUAUGGAAUGCGGUAUACAGCAAACGGAUCGACGCCUUCAGUGUCUCCACCAAUACGCGUUAGAUCGUACCACUUCACGGGCAACUAUUCCUGGACAUUAUUUUCUGGACAGAACUUCACAGGAAAAUCGGUUUGUCGUAAAUCGAAAAUACAAGGAAGAGAUUGGGGAAUUACAUACGGUGAAGUUUUCGAAGGUUUUGUUACGCGAAGUGUGAGGGAAGGAUGUUAAAUUAACGAUUACCUAACAAAUACGUAUGCUAUCGAAUAAAUUUACUAAUUAAUUAACUUAUGUAAUUCAUUUUUAUUUACGUCAAAAAUAAAUCCACAGGGCACUUUAGUAUAUUAUUUA